AUCCGAGGACCGAAACCUCUAUUUACUGCCCCUCCUAGUCCUCUCUCUUCCACUCAACAAACCUCUCUCUCUCUCUCUCUCUCUCUCUCUCUCAAACAUCCUCGGAGAAAAAAUGGGUAUGGUGGUGGUGAUUUCGCUGCCUUUGAUUUUCUUCUGCCUACUGCUUGGUUUCGGGUGUUACUUCUUGGGAAGAGCCAAAGGGAGAAAGGACGUCCGUACAAAUGCUCAGGUCUAUGGGGUACCAACUCCGCCACCAGGAAGUGCAGGCACAGCUAAAUUUUACCCCUCAUCCUCUCCAACUCACUCCAAGCCUGACAACUCUACCAUUGUUUAACUCCCUCCACCAUGAGUCUUGUGAUCCCAUGCACAAACAGUACUUUCGAGUGUUUCUUUCUACUUUCUUUGCUAUUUAGGGAGGGAGAGCUAUUCUUUUGAUGUUUGAGAUAAUUACUUUUCUUUUAUACUUUCGGUAUUCAAAGCUUUAUUGGUUUGGAAUGGUACAUAUUGAUUGUAAUUGGAGUUUAAUAAAAAAAAGCAUAUGGCUGCACUUCAUCC